UGCCAUCGCUAAUAGCAACAGCAACAAUCGUGACGACAUUGCUAUUUUUGUUUUGAGUUUCACCACGGCGAGAAAGAAUGUCGGACCUUGCUUACCUGGACACGUUGGGCAACAAGGAGCUGCUGGCCAAGUGCCUGCAACACGGCCUGCCCGGAGUUCCCGUAACGGACAGCACGCGCAGCGUCAUCAUUCGCCGGCUGAAGGCCGCUAUCACCGGGGUUCCGCUGAACAAAAGCAAAUCUGCAAGUAAGAAAGCGACUCCAAGGCGUGAAACUGUACAUGGUAGCCAGGUUGCUACGCCCACAUCGGAGCCAGUACGUCGCACGCCCGGCAGAAGUGCAGGCCACACCAGCAGCAACAAUAACAGGAUCAGCGAGCACAGUCGACGCACAAUCGCCUAUGGACUAGACAACACCUCAAUCUCGGGAAGAUCUGUGCAGACUACAACCACGGUCUCGGAUGUGGGCUCCCAGUCGGAGGAUGAUGACUACUACAUGGUGGACUCACCGGGGCUUAAGUACGCCCGCGACCAACAGCCAAGACGCUCCGUUUCUCUAACCAAAUCCGGAGUUUUGACCACAUCGUACACACGCGAAGUCGACCAGCCGCUAUACGAACAGGAGGAUAUACCACGCAGCUACACCUACGAAAGACCCCAUGUGCCAGCCGCUACUCCACAUACACUUCCGACAUACGAGCCACGCAUCGAACCCUCAACCUACAGACGCACAGAUUUGGGUUUCGAGCGUCCUCUGUUGACCCAAUCCAACUUAAACUCGACCAGCUACCAGGAGGCAUCGUCAUUCAAUCCAAAACUAUCACCCGUUUCGCCAAGAAACACUUUCAGCGGAUCUGCUAGACCUUUUGGUGGCCCAGCACCAGCUUCGGCACCCAUUCGCCAGCGACAGAGUGUUCCAGUAAGUGGAUCCAAUCUGGCCCGUGGUCGCCUUCUCCAGCCGACCACCGCAGUAAACACCCUAUAUCCGCAGCUGAAUCAGUUCUACGAUCAGCCAGACACCGCAGGCGAACCCAUGGACACGGAGAGCGAGUCCGAAGUUGAGGAGCCGCCCAUCAGAAGUCAUUUCCAAAACAAGCGCUUCUCGCCGCAGGCCAGAAAACCUCUGGUAAGACACCAAGAUCAGGUUUCGCCCAUGGCGCAGUUCCGUGCACUGGCUGUGUCGUUGGAUCAAAAAUAUAAUCUCAAAUUCUACCUAAUAUUGGUAGUGUCAGUGAUGCUGGCCACCAUGGUAUACGUGAUAAUGACGCCCAACGCCUGAGAAGCGUUCAUA